AUGGACUAUACGACGUUUGGAGUUAUGCUGUUAGCAAAGAAAGAAUCGAAGGAAAGCUGUGCAUGGAUUGGUGAACUGAGACAGCGAGAUGAAUACAAACAGGAAUGUGAGUAUAUCGUUCAACCGUGUGACAAUAACUGUGGAGAUAAUGUAAUGAGGAAGGACAUGGACAAGGAGAAUGAGUGCAACCGCCGGAUGUAUCCUGUUUCUUGUCCUCAUCAUUGUGGAGUGCUGAUUGCUAGGGAAUGUAUGAAAAUGCACACCAGUAGAGAGGGCGAGUGUCCUAACGGUCCUCUACAGUGCGAUUUUGCAUCUGUUGGAUGCCAAUUCAUUGGGACCGAAGCGAAAUUACAAAAUCAUUUAGAAAGAGACACCAUGAGUCAUCUUAGCCUAGCUAUGAAAUCACUGUAUAAUGUCACAGAAAAUUUGGCAAAGUCAGAGAUGAAGCAGCAAGAGACAGAAAUGAAACUUGUAAGAAUGAAAGAUACUCAGCUUCAGUUCCAUGCAGCAUCACAUCACAGAACAAUUGGCAAAGUCAGAGAAGAAGCAGCAGGAAACGGAAAAGAAACUUGA